UCCUGAUAGUGAUCCCAAUCCUGAUCCCAAUCCUGAUCCUGACCCUGAUCCUGACCCUGGCAGUGCUCACUGCUACCAGUGA